AGCUGCUGCGGCUCUUCUCCGCUGGCGGGUCGGGGUUGCCGUCCACUUCUCCCGCCAGCCUCGGAGCCGAGGCCCCCGCCAGGGCGGGGCGGCCAGGCUCGGGCGGGCUCGGGCUGCGACAUGACAACCCGGGACGAGGCGCCGGUGCCGGCGCCCUGGGAGUCCCUGGAAGCUCCCGCCCGCCUCGUGCUGCGGGCGCUGCAGGCUGGGCCCGCGGGAGCGCGGCGCGGCCUGGGGGCGCUGCGGGCGCUGGGCCGCCGCGGCCCGGCGUCCUUCAGCUGGGGCCCCUUCCUGGAGGCGCUGUGCCACGAGGAGCCGGUGCCGGCGCCCGGCGGCCGCCUGCAGCUGAAGCCACUGUUGCUGCGAUUGCCUGGGUUAUGCCAGAAGAAUCUCAUGUCCCUGUUCAUGGCUGUUCAGCCUUUGCUGCCUGAAAGUGGGCUUCUCUCUGUGCUGCACAGCAUGCGGCAGGAAGCCGUCUCUGCCUCCGAUGCCUGGCUGCAGGCCCUGGAGGUACUGCUGCGAAGAGAUCUGGGGGACAGGGGCCCUGCGGAGGGAGCCUCUCCGCUGUCCCAAGGCUGCCAGAGCCAGCUCCGAGGCCUGUGCAGGCAGCUGGGCCCGGGGGGCAGGAGGCUGAGGCCGCCUCAGGCCCCAAGCCCUGAAGAGGACAAAGAGCAGGAGGAGGACCGCAGGGACCCCCAGGCUCCAGACCCGGAGCAGGAAGAGGAAGCGGGUGCCAGGGCCUCCCAAGAGCGGGACAAACGCAAAAAGGAGUCGGAGGAUGCCAGUCCUAGCAGUGAGAGGGCCCCCAAGAGGUUCCGGAGUCAGGACAGGGAAGAAGAGAAGGACCCCAAGGAGGCGCACGAGGCCGUGGCCUCCCCACUCGAGGAAGGGGGUGCACCACCCACGAAGCAGCAGCUUGUUGGGGAAACCGAGGCCAGUGAGGCUGGCCAGAGCCCAGAGCCUGAGGACGCAGCUGAAAGAGCGGAGUUGCCCAAAGCUCUCCAGGACCAGGUGCCCAGGCUGCAGAAGCUGCUGAAGACCUUGGAGGAGGGGCUGGAGGGGCUGGAGGACGGCCGUGGGGCUGAGCUGCACUUUCUCCACGAGUGUAGCCCCAGCCAGGUGGAGCUGCUGUGCGCGCAGCUGCAGCUCCCGCAGCUCUCGGACGCGGGCCUCCUGCAGCUCUGCACGCGGCUCCUGGCCGUCUCCCCACACCUCAGCCUCAGCAACGCCACCGUGCUGGCCCGGAGCCUCUUUCUCCCACGGGUCCUCUCCCUGACCUCCUCCGCUUCCUGGCUGCUCAGAACAGCCCUCGCCUCCUUCUGCGCCACGUAUACGUACCCGGUGUGCAGAGCGCUCCUGGCCCCCCUGCUCCAGGCCUCUAGCUCAGGUCCAGCUCAGACAGAGCUGCUGUGCUCCCUUAUGAAGGAGGAGUCUCUGGAGACCGACAAGCAGCUCCUGAUGCUCAGGCGCAUCCUGGAGCUGCCCUGGCGGGACGAGGCGCGGGACGAGGCGUUCGCAGUGCUGCAGGCGCUCCUGGAGCGGCAGGUGGAGGUGCCCCCGGAGCUGUUCGCUGUCCUCGUGGAGAGGCUCUGUGAAGAGGGGCUGGCCGCCGCCGCCUCUGUGGCCUACGCCAAGCUGGUGCUCACCGUGCUCACCAACUACCAGGCCGAUAUCACAGAGACGCACAGACUGGGCCUGGCCGCCGCCCUGGAGUCCAACACCACCUUCCUGAGGAAGUCCCUGCAGGCCUCCCUGAAGCGCCUGGCCCGCUGAGCCCCACGAAGGACAGCCCUGCUGGGCCUCCCUGGUCGGCUUGGACCCCCGCCUCCCCCGCUCGGCAGGAGGGCAGAGGCUGGCCACCGCAGGGACCAGCGGCCCCGCUCCGGGCUGCUCACAGGCCGCCUGGGCCUGCCGCCCGUGCCCGGGCUUCUGACCGGAUCGACAGUAUUUAAUAAAGAGCAAGAAGAUUUGC